UCCAAAACCCAUUGCCAUCUCCACUAAAACAGAGGAUUGUCCCCAAAUUUGCCCCUGAAUUUUUGCCAGUUUUUCUAUCAAAUCGUUGCUAGAAAAGUGAUCUGGGGAUUCACAACAGCUGCAUAAUCUUCGAUUCUCAUACAAUCAGUAGCUCAAAUUAUGAAUUGCUAAGAAACUGCAGUAAUGGAGUGGCGAAUUGUUGAAUUUCGGUUUCGAUACGGAAAUUAGAGGUAGGGUUUAUGUAUAAACUUGAACAAUGACUUCUUUACCUUCUUCGCUGAAUUUGGGCUCAAGUGUGAGUGCGACGGUUUCAUUUUGCAAUUUCGAUAGUUGUGUGUGUUUGAUUAGGAGGGUUCCUUUUCGUCGAAAUGGGGGUGUUUUCGCGGCAAGUAAUUACAUUGCGGAACAUGGGAGUUCGAUAUCUGUUGAUUCUACAUACAGAGGUAGUAAAGACAACGAUGCUGGUUCAUUUCUUAUAGGAGCUCCCAAGCCAGUUUUGAAAUCAGGGUCCAAUGUUGAUCCCCUUUUAAGCAUGGCCUGGGAUGAGAAUAGCCGUGGGGGGGAUUCGGAUGGUGAGACGAUUAUUGAUAAGGAGAAGGAGAGAAGUAGAGCGAUUGAGUCGCUAGGCGAGGUGUUGGAGAAGGUGGAGAAGCUGGAAACUGGUAAGAAGGUUAUUUUAUGUGGUGAGAGACCUCCAGCAGAUGAGAGAGCUGAGCAAAAGAAGGUGAUGCCGAUUAAAUCAGGGAGUCGCAAGUCUAAGACGAUGAAGAGUGUUUGGAGGAAGGGUGACCUGGUGGCUUCUGUGGAAAAAGUUAGGCAGGUUCCUCGUGUGGAUGGAGGAGGUUCGACUGGCUCAAGAACUGUUGCUCGGGUUAGACCCUCUCAGCCACCUCAGAAAGUAGAACCCAAGUUAGAGACAAGGCCGUCUGGUGCUGCUCCUCCGGUCAGAAGACCUGUAAUCUUGAAAAAGUCACCUGUUGGCGGUCGGAGUGAUUUUAUAUCUGAAUCUAAACAGCGGAAGCCAUUACUCAUUGACAAAUUUGCUGCUAAGAAGCCUGUGGUUGAUCCUCUGAUUGCUCAGGCGGUCUUUGCCCCUCCAAAGCCGAGGAGGAACCUGACAGCUUCCAAGUUUAAAGAUGAUUAUAGAAAGAAGGGAGGACCUCGUAGAAGUAUGGGUUUUGGAAAAGAUGAUAUUCGUGAUGAUGAUACGUCCGAACUUAAUGUUUCCAUUCCUGGUGCUGCUGCUGCUCGUAAAGGUAGAAAAUGGAGUAAAGCAAGUCGGAGGGCUGCUAGGCUCCAGGCAGCCAGAGAUGCUGCGCCCGUUCGGGUGGAAAUAAUGGAAGUUGGUGAAGAUGGAAUGUUGAUUGAAGAGCUGGCGGAGAAUUUGGCCAUCAGUGAAGGGGAAAUUCUUGGGUAUUUUUAUGCGAAGGGAAUAAGGCCAGAUGGCGUGCAAAAGUUGAGCAAAGAUAUGGUGAAGAUGGUAUGUAACGAGUAUAAGGUGGAAGUCAUUCAUACUGUCCCUGUCAGGGUGGAGGAAAUGGCAAAAAAGAAAGAAAUUCUUGACGAAGAUGAUUUAGAUAAACUAAAAAAUAGACCUCCUGUAGUGACUAUAAUGGGGCAUGUUGAUCAUGGCAAGACGACACUUUUGGAUUAUACAAGGAAAAGUAAGGUUGCAGCAGCUGAAGCUGGUGGGAUUACACAAGGAAUUGGAGCUUAUAAGGUUCAAAUUCCAAUUGAUGGGAAGACUCAAACAUGUGUGUUUCUCGAUACUCCUGGACAUGAGGCAUUUGGAGCAAUGAGGGCACGUGGAGCCAGAGUGACAGACAUUGCUGUCAUUGUGGUUGCAGCUGAUGAUGGGCUCCAACCUCAAACACAUGAGGCAAUUUCUCAUGCCAAGGCAGCUGGGGUGCAAAUUGUUGUAGCUAUAAACAAGAUAGAUAAGGACGGAGCUAAUCCAGACCGAGUUGUGCAAGAUCUUUCUUCGGUCGGCCUGAUGCCUGAAGAAUGGGGUGGUGAUAUACCAAUGGUUAAGAUAAGUGCUCUAAAAGGGGAGAAUGUUGAUGAAUUGCUUGAAACAAUCAUGCUUGUUGCUGAGUUGCAAGAAUUGAAGGCAAAUCCACAUAAAAAUGCUAAAGGAACAGCCAUUGAAGCUGGUCUUGAUAAAUCCAAAGGGCCUGUAGCUACUGUCAUUGUGCAAAAUGGAACACUCAAAAAAGGGGACAUAGUAGUUUGUGGUGAAGCAUUCGGAAAGGUGCGGGCUCUAUUUGAUGAUAGCGGAAAGCAAGUCGAUGAAGCAGGACCCUCUAUUCCUGUUCAGGUAAUAGGGUUGAAUAAUGUUCCUUCAGCUGGUGAUGAGUUUGAUGUUGUUGGCUCCCUUGCCGUUGCUCGAGAAAAGGCAGAGUCACGAGCAGAGUGUUUGAGAAAUGAACGUAUAACAGAAAAAGCAGGGGAUGGAAAAGUUACACUUUCUUCUUUUGCUUCUGCCGUUUCAGCAGGAAAAAGUGCUGGAUUAGAUUUGCACCAACUCAAUAUCAUCCUGAAGGUUGAUGUUCAGGGAUCCAUAGAGGCUGUCAGACAAGCCCUGCAGGUGCUUCCUCAAGACAACAUUACUCUCAAGUUCCUACUGCAAGCAACCGGGGAUGUGAGUACGAGUGAUGUUGACCUUGCUGUGGCUAGCAAAGCUAUUAUGUUUGGAUUCAAUGUCAAAGCACCUGGCUCAGUGAAGAAGUAUGCGGAUAACAAAAACGUUGAAGUUCGGCUUUACAAAGUUAUCUAUGAACUCAUUGAUGAUGUGCGGAAAGCGAUGGAGGGACUCUUGGACUCUGUUGAGGAACAACUGCCAAUAGGUUCUGCAGAAGUAAGAGCUGUAUUUAGUUAUGGCAGCGGCCGUGUUGCUGGAUGCAUGGUGACUGAGGGAAAAGUCGUUAAAGACUGUGGAAUACGUGUCCUGAGGAAAGGAAAAGAAGUUCACGUUGGCGUUCUUGGUUCCUUGAAACGGGUCAAGGAGAUGGUGAAAGAGGUGAAUGCGGGGCUUGAAUGUGGAGUCGGAACUGAGGACUUCAAGGAUUGGGAGGUUGGGGACACGGUUGAGGCCUUCAAUACAGUGCAAAAGAGAAGAACACUCGAAGAAGCAUCCGCCUCAAUGUCAGCUGCAUUAGAAGAUGUCAGAAUACAGCUUUAGUGAAGGCAUCACAUAAUACAAAAUUUUGAAGCUUAGUAGCAUUCCCCUCACAAUGGCUCGAGGAAUUUGACUCGUGCGUGGUGCAAACCAGUCUACUUGUGCCUGCAUAUAAUGCCGUUGCUACUGUAAAUAAUUAGGUACGUCGCGAUCGAUCUUUCCUUCUUUAGUUUUUUUUGUUUAGGGGUCAGGUUUUAUGUUGAGAAAACAUCAGAAAUUACAUGUUAUAGAUGCACUUGGAAAAAAAAGAAAAUGAGCUAAUCUAUUUUAUUGUAACAUGAAACUAUAUUUCCAUAGUGGUUCUAAAAAUAUUUUUUGUAA